GAGAGAGAGAGAGAGCUAAGCAAAGCACUCACACGCAAAACGCAACGCAAGCACGCACACCCAAAACCCAAAACCUAACGGUCCUUGCGUUGAAUCUCUAUUGGAUUUGUAAUUCCCCGUCUUUUUUUUCUUUCCAUUUCUACCCCUUUCUCUGAUCGUGUUCGUUGAACUCUCCAUUUUCCCACAAUUCUCGGGAAAUUGUUUUCCCUAGCAUUACAUGAUUCAUCUUUGGAUUUGAUUUCCCAAUAUUUUUUUCUUGGGUCAAUUAAAAACAAAAUACAUUUGUUUUUGUUGUUGGAAAUAUGAGUCUUUUGAGGGUUUGUGCGAUUGUGAAUGAGUGAGAUUGGAAUUGGAAGACGCUGCGAAGAAAAUGAGCACGCAGCAGAGGCAACAUGUGAAUAUUCGUGACCUCGCCGAGGAAGCCAAGAAGCGAGUUGUUGUUCUCAUCAUAUGCGUGGUCGGAUUGUCCUACCUCAUGUCGUUGACAAGCUCCUCAGUAUGGAUCAACUUGCCUGCUGCUGCCUCCUUAAUCAUCGGCCUUCGUUAUUUAUCUUUAGAUUUUGACAUGCGGAGAAAAGCUGCAGCAUACAACAGCAAACCAUCCUCUAAUACUCCUCAUAAGAAACCUCCUGAACGUCCUAAAAUUGUUGAAAAGUCUGAGUGGAGAAGGAAAGUGAAUUCUCCUGUUGUUGAGGAUGCAAUAGAUCACUUUACAAGACAUCUAGUUUCUGAGUGGAUUACAGAUCUCUGGUACUCUCGCUUGACACCUGAUAAAGAAGGUCCGGAGGAACUGCUGAACAUCAUGAAUGGUGCUCUUGGGGAAAUUUCAGGGCGCAUGAGAAAUAUAAAUUUAAUUGAUCUUCUGACAAGGGAUCUUGUUAAUCUAACUUGCACCCACUUGGAGCUUUUUCGAGCCAAUCAAGCAAAGAUUGAAAGACAACAUUCAGGACCACUAACAAUUGAGGAACGAGAUGUGCAUCUAAGACGUAUCCUGGCUAACGAGGACAAAUUGCACCCUGCUCUAUUUUCAGCUGAAGCUGAGCACAAGGUUUUGCAGCAUCUAAUGGAUGGUCUUAUUCCUUUGACAUUCAAGCCUGAAGAUCUGCAGUGCCUUUUCUUUCGUUAUAUAGGCAGGGAACUUCUUGCUUCUGCAGUAAUGCGACCUGUCCUCAACCUUGCUAGUCCAAAAUUUAUUAAUGAAAGAAUUGAAGUCUUAGUCCUUAAAAUGACCAAAGCUAAUAAAGGGGUUUCCACGGCACAAGGGGCAUCUCAAUCCAAGCCAGAAGAGUCUUCAAGGAUUCCAUCUGAUCAUUUUUCUAGGUUCUUAGAUCCUACUGUUACUGGUGUUGAACUUGUGCAGUUAAAAACCAAUCAGUCUAGAACUGCUGCCAAUACAUCUGUAACAGAUCAUGUGAAUGGAAAUCUUUCCAAAGAUCCACUGCUUUCUGUUGAUCCUCGAUCAACCCGUUCAUGGAACUCAUUGCCCUUCAACUCCCAAACUAGUGAAGAAACAGGCAUUCAAAGCCAGCGCCCAGGAGGAGAAUGGGGUGACAUGUUAGAUCUGAUUUCUCGCAGAAAGACUCAAGCCCUUGCUCCAGAACAUUUUGAGAACAUGUGGGCAAAAGGGAGAAACUACAAAAAGAAGGAAGGUGAAAAUCGGGUAAUUGAGCAAGUACCACAGAAUUCUUCACCUGGAAAGUCAGUUAAAGUGGAUCAUUCAAAGGCAAUAUCCAAGCCCAAAGAAAACACUGUAACAAAGAAUAAUCACUUUGAGAGUAGUACUGUUCACUCUGAAUGUACUGAUCAACUUUCUGCUGAGAACUCAUUCCACCCUACAAAUCGGAACGUAUCAAAUCGCUCUUCAUUUGCUUCAUAUGAAGAAGAUGAUGAGCACAACCUCACACCUUUGGAGGUUGACUCAGGGAGCAGCACUUCUUAUACUUCUGAAGAUGAUGAAAUUAACAAUGUAACUGGCCUUGGUUCUCCAGGUACUAAAGUUUGGGAUGGUAGAAGUAAAAGAAAUCAGGCUAUUUCUCACAUUCAUCAUCCACUUGAAAAUUUUGAAGGCCGUACUGCAAAGAAGACCAGUAAAGGACAUGUUAACUAUCGAAGGUUAGUCAAACCCCCAUCUGGCCGUAAAAGAUCUAGAUCAAGCAGUCAGAAGACACCAAUUUGGCAGGAGGUUGAGAGAUCAAGCUUCUUGUCUGGUGACGGACAGGAUAUACUUAAUUCUGCAAAAGAACAUGCGAAUGUUGAGGACUCCAGUGAGGAAUCUGAGAUUGAAAAUUUGGGUAGAAUUCACAGUGGAGCAGCUGCUUCUUCAUCUGCGUCCUUCUUUUCUAUACCAGAGAGUCAUAAUUCGGCUGUUAAAUCCCUGCAAAAUUCAUUGGCGGUGAAUUCAUUUUUUAAGUUGAGAUGUGAGGUAUUGGGUGCAAAUAUUGUGAAGAGUGGCUCAAAACAAUUUGCUGUUUAUUCAGUAUCUGUUACAGAUGUAAAUAACAAUAGUUGGUCAAUCAAAAGAAGGUUUCGUCACUUUGAGGAGCUACAUCGGCGUCUAAAAGAGUUUCCAGAGUAUGAUCUUCAUUUGCCACCGAAGCAUUUUCUAUCAACAGGUUUAGAUGUACCUGUCAUUCAAGAACGGUGUAAAUUGCUUGACAAAUAUUUAAAGAACCUUAUGCAGCUUCCAACAAUUUCUGGCUCAAUUGAAGUUUGGGACUUUCUCAGUGUUGACUCUCAGACUUAUCUAUUCUCGAAUUCCUUUUCCGUCAUCGAAACUUUGUCAGUUGACCUUGAGGAUAAGCCAUCUGGAAAGGCUAAAAUGAUUCCAAAUUUUCUUGGGCCUGUAACCGAUCACUUAUCUUUGAGGAGAGAACAUUUGAGCACUGAAAGCAAGGAGUCUGCAUUUCAAAUUAAGAAUAAUUUUGUGGCUGAUGGGUUAAGAUCAAACGAAAAAGAUUCUAGGACGCAAAACUGUACAGCUUCCCUUGCGAACUUGGGGAACACUGCAAGAGGAAGAGAUGGUGAUAGUUUGGAAGAGGCAUCUGAGUCGCAUCUUGAUGCUGCUACUGAUCCUACGCUUCCUACAGAGUGGGUACCACCAAAUUUGAGUGUCCCCAUAUUAGAUUUGGUAGACGUCAUCCUCCAGGUCCAUGAUGGUGGAUGGAUCAGACGGAAGGCUUUUUGGGUGGCCAAACAGAUAUUACAACUAGGAAUGGGUGAUGCCUUUGAUGAUUGGUUAAUAGAGAAAAUCCAGCUUCUGCGUAAGGGAUCAGUGAUUGCUUCAGGGAUCAGGCGGGUUGAGCAGAUACUUUGGCCUGAUGGAAUAUUUAUAAGCAAGCAUCCGAAGCGACGACCACCACCAUCUACGAACCCAUCACAGAAUUCACCCCAUGGCCAACCACCUACAGGGGUAGCUUCACCUAAAAUCAGUUAUGAGCAACAGCAGGAGGCAAUUCGGCGUGCAAAAUUUGUAUAUGAGCUAAUGAUUGAUAAUGCACCAGCUACCAUCGUAGGCCUCGUAGGCCGUAGAGAGUAUGAACAAUGUGCAAAAGAUCUUUAUUUCUUUAUUCAGUCAUCUGUAUGUUUGAAGCUCCUGGCUUUUGACCUUCUUGAGCUGGUGGUUUUGUCAGCAUUUCCAGAGCUAGAUUAUGUGUUUAAGCAGUUUGAAGAAGAAAAGCAUAAAUUUGGCGAAUUUAAGGAAAAUUAGUGGAAAUUUGGUUAUCACUUGAUAAUGUUUGCCUAUUUGCCCUCCACAUUUUACCACACGUUUGUUAAUGGCUUGUGAUUUUGCUUCAUCAAUUCAUUCAUAGAUCUGAAUUCUGUAAUUAGCUUUUUUGACUUGGCAUCUUUGAGGAAAUUGUAUGUAAAUCAUGAGAAUAGUGCAAAUAUAUACCUUCUAUAAA